AUGCAGAAGAUGGUUCCAGUUGUGUGCUUUGCGACGAUGUUGCUCCAGGUGGCUCACUCGGCUCAGGGCCGGUACGCUCAACAGCUGCUCACCGACCUGAUGGAGAACUACUCAAACGCCCUGCGGCCGGUGGAGGACACAGACAAAGCCCUGAACGUCACCCUGCAGAUUACUCUCUCCCAGAUCAAAGACAUGGACGAGAGGAACCAGGUAUUGAUAGCGUACCUGUGGAUCCGUCAGACGUGGCACGAUGCCUACCUGAGGUGGGACAAGGAGGACUACGAUGGCCUGGAGGUCAUACGUAUCCCCAGCAGCCUGGUGUGGAGGCCUGACCUCGUCCUCUAUAACAAGGCGGAUGAUGACUUCUCAGGGCCGGUAGACACUAACGUGGUGCUGCGCUAUAAUGGGGAGAUAACAUGGGAUGCUCCGGCCAUCACCAAGAGCUCCUGUGUGGUGGACGUGUCCUACUUCCCCUUCGACAGCCAGGAGUGCAACCUCACCUUUGGCUCCUGGACAUACAACGGCAACCAGGUUGACAUAGCCAUGGGCAUGGACAGCGGGGACCUGUCUGAUUUCGUGGAGAACGUUGAAUGGGAAUGCCACGGCAUGCCGGCCACCAAGAACGUCAUUAUGUACGGCUGCUGCUCCGACCCCUACCCUGACAUCACGUACACCGUCCUGCUCCAGCGCCGCUCCUCCUUCUACAUCUUUAACCUUCUCCUGCCCUGCUUUCUCAUCUCCUUCCUGGCUCCGCUGGGCUUCUACCUGCCGGCUGACUCUGGGGAGAAGGUGUCCCUGGGGGUCACUGUGUUGCUGGCCCUGACUGUCUUCCAGCUCAUGGUGGCCGAGAGUAUGCCGCCGUCCGAGAGUGUGCCGCUUAUUGGAAAGUACUACAUCGCUACCAUGACGAUGAUCACAGCCUCCACGGCUCUCACCAUCUUCAUCAUGAACAUCCAUUUCUGUGGGGCCGAGGCCAAACCCGUCCCCCACUGGGCCAAAGUCCUCAUCAUCGACUACAUGUCCAAGAUCUUCUUUGUCUACGAGGUGGGAGAGAACUGUGCCACUGCCACCUCUUCCUCCUCCUCAUCACAUUUUGGCCAGGACGAUGUCCACCAACCCAACAUCAGCCCCCACCACCAGGCCAAUGGGAAACCGGAGGGCAACAGCGGCCGAGAGAACCAGUACCGACACAAACACCCCAGACCCCAGACUCCUGGACCCCAACGUCACUCCAAGCCCCGACACCAACACCACAUCACCAGAGAUGAGAAGAACCAUCUCUCCAGCUCCAAAUACGAGGGCUUUGAGUCCAACAGGAACCUCCCCCUGGGGGACUGCUGCAAGGAGGCUCCGCCCUGCUGUCCGGAGGAUGAAAAGACAGCCGUGGUCGCUGCUGCGGUGGCCUCAGUAACCUUUGUCCCCUGUGUGUUCUGUAGUCACGGCAGCAGCUUACCCGGGGUGGACUCCAAGCUGGUGCGGAACGUGGAGUACAUUGCCAACUGCUUCCGGGAGCAGAGGGCCACCUGCGCCAAGGGGGCGGAGUGGAAGAGGGUUGCCAAGGUGAUGGACAGGUUCUUCAUGUGGAUCUUUUUUAUUAUGGUCUUCCUCAUGAGCAUUCUAAUCAUCGGCAAGGCACCAUGA